AUGCGCUGCGACUCGAACACCACCUGCUUCAACACCACCUGUGUCGAACCAGCCGCCUUCCACACCCGCCGUACAUCAGACGACAACCCCAGCAGCGCUGCCUUUGACUUCUCAGCCGCCUCCGUCGCCGUCAACUUUGACCCAACCAACCAAACCCAGCGCAUCUGA